AAAUUUCCAAUAUUGUUUUGCUAUUUUAAUUAUAAACCACUAUAUUACAUUAUUAAUCAUAAACUAAAAGAUGAAAUUUCAUAAUUUCAUGGUAGGCAUAUGCUCCAAAUAACUUAUCAUUACUCCCAUUAGAUGUCAGAAUGGAACAAGGGAGGAAAAAUAGGAUAAGACAUGUGCGAGUUAUUAUUAUUACAUUGGUCACUAUUGCAAUGAUCAUAGUUCAUUCUCUUAGAUGCAAUGUAGGAUUUAUAGUCAUUACUAUAUUACACGAGACAGAAACUACUUUCAUAAAUAAGGGAGCUGAAUGGAACGCAAAUUUACCAGAUGUUGAUUGGGAUUCGAUAUUAAUAGGUUAUUUACACAGCAGUUUCUAUGUUGGUUAUUUGUUGACACAUAUUCCGGCUGGAUACCUAACAACAAUAUUCCCAUCAUACAUAGUAUUUGGUGGCAGCAUAUUUUUAUCAUGUUUAUUAAACCUACUAUUACCGUUUUGUAUUAAUUCUGAUUUGUAUUGGGUAACCUGUAGUGUGCGUUUUACUCAAGGUCUUGUUGAAGGUUUUAUUUAUCCUGCUUGUUAUGGUAUAUUAAGACAUUGGUCAACACCAUCUGAGCGAGGCAGAGCUGGUUCGGCUGUUUUAGCAGGUGCUUAUGCUGGUGCUGUUGUGGGAUUUCCUCUAGCCGGUGUCAUAACGUAUUAUGUUGGGUGGCAAUAUGUCUUUUAUCUCAAUGGUGGCCUGGGUGUUUUGUUUGUGUUACUAUGGGUGUGUUUAGCUUCAAAUCAACCAGAAACUCACCAUUUCAUAAGUGAAAAGGAACUUGAAUUUUUUCAUAAAGAAAAUGGAUCUGACGUACAUGAUUUAAAGGAUCAAAAAGUUCCUGUAAAAGCCAUAUUUACAAGCUUGCCUGUGAUAACAUUGUGUAUCUGUGAUUUUGCUCGAAACUGGGUGUUUAUCUUGAUGUUAACAAAUGAGCCAUUUUAUCUAAGUUUAUUUAAUUUUACUGUAGCAGAGAAUGGUUUAUAUGCCUCUAUACCUCAUAUAGUAAAAGUAUUAGCAGCGGCAAGUAGUGGUUAUAUUGCUGACUUUCUGUUACUGGAAAAUUUUUUAUCUACAGCUUAUGUACGUAAAUUACUUACAACCAUAGGUUUUGGUACGUCCUGUUUGGGAUUUUUUCUGUUGACCUUCAUGACAAACGGUACUUCAGCAAUGGUGUUUUUAACUAUAGCUGUUGGUUUUACAGGAUUUCCUGUUUCUGGCUGGCAAAUUAACCAUUAUGAUUUAUCACCAAGACAUGCUAGUUUUCUAGUUGGUAUAACAUCAACAGUGGGGUCUAUUGGAUCUAUUAUGGCCCCAUUGAUAACUGGGUAUAUCACAGUUAGUCAUAAUAUACAUUCGUGGAAUAUAGUAUUUUAUAUAACAUGUGGUGUAUUAGGAUUUGCUGUUAUGUCGUAUCUUAUAUUUGGUUCAGGUCAACGUCAAAGUUGGUCAAAUCCAGAUGAAAAUAUUGUUUUACUUCACAACAUGGAUCCAUUAGAAUCAAAACCUUACAGUACAGAAAAAGUUCAAGAUUCGACAUCAAACUAUGGAACAAGUUAA